AAAAUAUAUAAAUGCAAGGGAGGGAUGGUUUGAGACUCAUGCUGUAGUAGGAAUUUUGCCUCUUUGUUCACUCUCUCGCACCAACACCCGCCUCCAAUAAGGGGCAGAAAAGAUUUGAAUCUCUCUGCCCCGACCUCCCUCUUCUCUCCUUCCCGUCCGUAGUGCCUGCGUUAUGGGAGAGAGAAUCCCUCCUGGAAGUUACUUCCAGUACCCACCUCCUGGUGUCCAUGCUUCUCCACACAGGUCUUCUCUCCCUGCAGAUCGAGAGAGAUAUUUGGCUGAACUACUGGCAGAGAAGCAAAAGUUGGGACCAUUCCUGCAAAUAUUGCCCCAAUGUAGCAGACUUCUAAAUCAUGAGAUCAGACAAAUAUCAGGCUUCAAUCAAACUCCUGCAGAUCGUGAAAGAUUUACGCAUGACAGUCCAUUUAGGUCAUUAAGUCAAAAUGCGAAUGGUAGACCAAUGGAUCUGGAGGGAUGGCCAGGAAUACACAUGGAGGACAAUGGACAUAUCCAGAGAAUGGCCCCAUUCCAAUCUCCUUCUAUGGGAUGGCUUGGGGGGCAAGGAAUUCCAACCACCCCUAUUGUAAAGAGAGUUAUUAGACUUGAUCUUCCCGUGGACAAAUAUCCACAUUACAAUUUUGUUGGCCGAAUUUUGGGACCACGUGGGAACUCCUUAAAAAGAGUUGAAGCCAUGACAGAGUGUAGGGUGUACAUCCGAGGCCGGGGCUCAGUGAAGGAUUCUGGAAAGGAAGAGAAAUUAAAAGACGAGCCUGGAUAUGAACAUCUUAAUGAGCCGUUGCACGUGUUGGUGGAGGCUGAAUUUCCGGAGGAUAUAAUCAAUGCUCGCUUGGAUCAUGCAGUGGCAAUACUCGAGAACCUUCUGAAGCCUGUGGACGAGUCCUUCGAUCACUAUAAGAAGCAACAACUUAGAGAAUUGGCUAUGCUGAACGGUACACUGAGGGAAGAGAGCCCUAGCAUGAGCCCAAGUCUAAGCCCGAGCAUGUCGCCCUUUAACAGUGCAGGGAUGAAACGAGCCAAGACAGGGAAGUAAUAAAUCCUAAAACUAUGCUGAUCGUUAGUGGUUUAAUCUCUGAAAACAUUCACAUCUGCCUUGUCGAAGACCUUUCGGCAUCUUGAUAAUUUUGAUUUCCAACACAUUGGGAAGCAUUGUUGACAAACUGAUGAACAAAUUUCGGGCCCUUCGUCCGGCCUCUCAGACGGGGUGAACAGGUUCGGCAGUUCCGUACGACAUGCCUUCUACGUCCACAGUGAUUUAGAACUCGUUUGCAAGUGCUUUUAAAAUGAAUGAAAAUGCUUUUGGUGAAAUUGAUUUUGGGUUCUAAAAGCACUUUUAAGUGUUUUUUUUUUAAGAAAAAAACAUCAGCUAUAUGCUUCUUUAAGGAAGCAGCGCUUUUCUAUGAUCCACUUGGAUUUUUAGUAAAGAUUGGUUUUAAAAAUAUUUUCACCUCUCAUUUUAAAAGCACUUCUGAACGAGCCCAUAUUCUUUGUUUGAUAGCCUCAAGCUUGUAGGCCGCCGUUUGAUUUUCCUGUGAUCAUAUUCCAGCAUCUUGUACCAGGCAAAAUGCUACAUUGACUAAGUUUAUAUUUAUCUUGUAUGCGUGUAUUGUGCUAUUGUUUACAAUAAAAAUAAGUUCAGAUGAGUUUCUAA